AUGGAGAUUAGGAACAAUGUGACCGAGUUUGUUCUCCUGGGACUUACAGAGAAUCCAAAGAUGCAAACCGUGGUAUUUGCUGUGUUUUUUGUCAUCUAUAUCAUCUCCCUGGUAGGCAACGUGAUCAUUGUGGUCACCAUCACUUCCAGCCCCUUGUUGGGGUCCCCUAUGUACUACUUCCUCGCCUAUCUCUCCUUUAUUGAUGCCUGCUACUCCUCUGUCAGUACCCCUAAAUUGAUUGUAGAUUCACUCCAUGAAAAGAAAAUUAUCCUCUUCAGUGGAUGUAUGUCCCAAAUCUUUGGGGAACACUUGUUUGGAGGUGCUGAGAUCAUCUUGCUGUCUGCAAUGGCCUAUGACCGCUAUGUGGCCAUCUGUAAGCCCCUGCACUACACCACCAUCAUGAGCCGGCAUGUCUGUGGCUGUCUGAUUGGAGUGGUGUGGAUGGGAGGGUUUCUUCACGCCACCAUUCAGCUGCUGUUCAUCUUCUGGUUACCUUUCUGCGGCCCUAACGUUAUAGAUCACUUUAUGUGUGAUCUGAACCCUUUGCUCAGUCUGGUCUGCACUGAUAUUCACACCUUGGGGCUCUUCGUGGCUGCUAACAGUGGUUUUAUCUGUCUGUUAAACUUCCUCCUUCUGUUGGCCUCCUAUGUGGCCAUCCUGUGCACCCUGAGGAACCACAGUUUGGAGGCAAGGUACAAAGCACUCUCCACCUGUGGCUCCCACAUCACAGUAGUCAUCUUGUUCUUUGUGCCCUGCAUAUUUGUGUACAUGAGACCUCCAGCUACUUUGGCCAUUGACAAAGUUGUUGCUGUUUUCUAUACCAUGAUAACGCCCAUGUUAAACCCCUUAAUCUACACCUUAAGGAAUGCUCAGAUGAAAAAUGCCAUUUGGAAAUUGUGUCAUAGGAAAAUUACUUCAUCUGUUAGGUAA